AUGGAAUCACUAGCCCUGUUUGUUCCAAGCACUAACAAGCGGACUACAAGUACAAUAAUUCGACUUGUAAUAUAUUCUUACCUGUUCGUUUUACUAAAAUGUAAACCUUGUAGUCCUUGGAGGGGACAUAUUCCUCUAUCAUCGCAAUUUCCAAGAACUGGUAAAGCCUUUAUCCAUCCUUCUGCGGGUGAAUCGCAUAACAUACCGAAGAAUAGACGCAAUUUUAAGUUUAAUGCACUAGAAGAUGCUAAUGACAACGUAUCAGACUUGAAAAAUGUUCUUCAGGACAGGGUAGGAUUAUCUUCCGAAGCGUCCAAAUUGGAUUCUGCAAAAGUAUCAAAAUUUGAAGACUCUGAGUUAAAAUACGAAACUGUUAAAGUUGAAUCUCCCAAGAUUAGUGUCAGUGGAGAAGUAAGCUAUCCUUUCCAAGCAGAGGUUAGCCGAGUAAUGGACAUUAUUGUAAAUUCACUAUAUACGGAUCGCGAUAUAUUUUUGCGUGAGCUCGUAUCUAACUCAGCAGAUGCAUUAGACAAGCGACGAAUUAAAGCAGAUCCUGAUGAAAAAAUUGCAAAAGAGGCGUUUGGUGGCAUUCGUAUAAUACCUAACAAAGUAGCAAACACGUUGACCAUUGAAGAUGAUGGUAUCGGAAUGACAGUUGAAGAGUUAAAGAAGAAUUUGGGUACAAUUGCUGAGUCCGGAACUGCAAAAUUUUUACAGCAGUAUGAAGCUGGAAAAAGUAGCUCAAACUUGAUUGGUCAAUUUGGUGUUGGUUUUUACUCCGCCUUUCUCGUUGCUAAUACAGUUGAAGUCUAUUCUCGUGCAUAUGGACUAGAAACAGGUCCAGUUCAUAGAUGGAAAUCUGACACUACCGGUACAUUUAGUGUGGCACAGGUUGCUGAUGACUCUAUUAACAAAUCCUUUAUGCCAUGUGGUACUCGCAUUGUCUUACACCUGAAACCAGAGUGUGAUGAUUAUCUUGAAGACUACAAACUCAAGGAAUUGCUCAGAAAGUAUUCAGAGUUCGUUCGAUUCCCAAUUCAGGUGUGGGUAGAAAAGGUAGAAUACGAAAGGGUACCUGACGAGACUACGGCUGUAGAGGGGAAACCUGGUCGUUAUAAGACUGUUACGAAAAAGAGAAAUGAGUGGGAAGUAGUAAACACGCAAAUGCCAAUUUGGAGAAGAAGUCAGGAUGAUAUACGCCCUGAAGAUUACGUUUCAUUUUAUAAAUCCACAUUCAAGGCUUAUGAUGACCCGCUUUCUUAUAUCCAUUUCAAAGUAGAAGGUCAAGUAGAAUUCAGCUGUUUGUUGUUUGUACCUGGGUCAUUACCUUGGGAGUUGUCUAGGAAUAUGUUUGACGAGCAAUCCAGAGGAAUCCGCCUAUACGUGAAGAGGGUUUUCAUAAACGAUAAAUUCACAGAAGCGAUUCCUCGUUGGUUGACAUUUAUCAGGGGUGUUGUAGACAGUGAUGAACUCUCCCUGAAUGUUGGCAGAGAGUAUCUGCAAAAAUCUAAGGCUCUUACGGUAAUAAACAAGAGAAUUUCAACAAAGGCAGUGGAUAUGCUUAAAAAUCUCAAGGCUUCGAGCCCUGAAAGAUUUAAGAAGUUUACCGAUAACUUUGGGAAGUAUAUAAAGAUUGGUAUAGUAGAGGAUCGUGAUAAUCAACAAGAACUGGCUUCUUUGACAUCAUUCUACUCUUCCCAUGGUGGUAAUGAUCGUGUUUCUUUGGAUGAGUAUAUUGAACGAAUGAAGCCAAACCAACCAGCUAUAUACUAUGUGACUGCCGACUCCAUACAAUCAGCAAAGAAUUUGCCUUCACUGGAAAAACUGAAAGCUCUAGAUUACGAGGUUUUGUUCUCCCUGGAACCACUUGAUGAGUUCUGUCUAGCUUCUAUCGCCGCGUCGAAAUACAAAAAUAUUAUGGUUGUAGAUGUUAACAAGAGCGACUUAAAACUCCAAGAACCUACAGAGGAGGAGCAAUCUAAGGAAGGUGAAAAGAAGAAUCCUCUUGAGUUUGAAACACUCUGUGGGUGGCUGAAGGGUCUUUUCCACGACAGAUUACACGACGUCAAGGUCAGCACCAGAUUGGUGGAAUCACCCGCGCUUUUGGUCCAGACAGAUUUUGGGUUAUCACCCAGUAUGCAAAAGUAUAUGAAGCAACAAGCUACUUCUGCAGGUAUGGACGAGACAGAACUAUUUGGGACAUCAAUGGUCAGCAAGCCAGUUUUAGAGAUAAACAUCGACCAUCCCAUUAUACAACACUUGAAUGAGAUGGUAAAGAAGGACAAGUUAGGAGAUGCACCGAGAGAUAUGGCUAAACAACUGCUGGAUGUUGUUUCCAUCCAGGGAGGAUAUACUAUUGAGGAUCCCAGCUUGUUCGCAAAGAAUGUUUUAAACCUUAUGCAAAGGGAAGCUUCCAAAUAUUUCAGCGAAGAAGCUGCCAAGUCUUAA